AUGGAGCACGCUAGACCUCCAGCAGAAUUAAUUUUACAAGGUGGGCCGGCGGCGCGCGCAGACGCCUGGCGAAAGUGGUAUAAACAGUUUCAAGUCUUUUUGAAAGCGUCGGGAGUACACAAAAGUACAAAAGAUGUACAAAGCAGUCUGUUAGUGAAUUUAAUAGGCCCGGAAGGUUACGAUGUGUAUACUACGUUUAAAUUUACGAAAGAUGAGGACGCCGAGGAUAUCGAGAUUUUGGUGAAAAAAUUUAAUGAACACUUUGGAUCGAAGCAAAAUACGACGAUCACCAGAUUUAAAUUUUUUACGCGAUCUCAAAACCGAGGGGAGUCCAUAGACGAAUAUGUCACUGCACUUAAAUUGUUGAGUCAGUCCUGUGAGUUCGAACAUUUAGAAGACGGCUUGAUACGCGAUAGAAUAGUUUGUGGAGUAGCGGAUGGCGUCGUGAGGGAAAGAUUACUCAGGACCGAGGAUCUUACGCUGGCUAAGGCAGUAAAAAUAUGUCAGGCAAAUGAAAUGUCUAACGAGGAGACUCAGCAGAUAGAAGAAACAAAAGGCGGAUCGGCGGAGCCGGAGCCGGGAGCGUCGGGCCUCGCGGUGGACGCCGUGGCGGGCGCGUGGGGCAACGGGCGGCGCGGUCGCGGUCGCGGCGGCCAACAGCGCCCCCUGCCGGCGGCGCGUCGGCGCUCCGAAGUUUCGCCGCGAUUUUAUAAAAAAGUAAUGCAAUUAAACGAAAGUUACGAAAGUGAUAGUGAUAAGGAUCUUUAUCAUGUUUCGACUCUUCGUGAAAAGUGUAAGGACAACAAGUAUGGCGGCAAAUGGUAUGAAUAUUUAAUUUUAAAUUGUAAUGGAAAUCGCGAGUUAUUUAAGUUAGAUACGGGUUCAGAUCUAAAUGUUAUUUCUAUAGAUACGUUUAAAAGACUAGGAUGCGACUUUGCUAUUUUAUAUUCAGAUAACACAAGAGCGCAGUCAUUUUGUGGUAAUUACUUAACUGUUGUCGGAGCAUGUGAUUUGUCAUGGACAUACAAAAGUCGUACAUAUAAUUUGCAUUUCAUUGUUACUAAACAUAAUUGUCAAAGUGUACUCGGUAAAAAUGCUUGUGAAGAAUUAGGUAUGAUAAGGCGUAUCCAUACUAUUGACAUUACAUCUUACGACGAUUUGUUCAAGGGGUUGGGCAAGUUACCGGGUAAAUAUAAAAUUGUAAUCGAUGAGAGUGUACAACCGUCGAUAUGUCCUGUUAGAAAAAUACCUAUAGGUGUUAGACAAAAGUUGUUAGUCGAAUUGAAUCGCAUGACGGAGUUAGGCGUGAUACGAAAAGUUUCUCAUCCGACGGAGUGGGUUAACGCGAUAGUGGUGGCCGCCAAGAAGGACGGCGGCAUUCGCGUGUGUCUUGAUCCGCGUCCGCUCAACAAAGCCGUGCGCCGCGCACACUAUCCGUUGCCCACGCUCGCGGAGAUAGCUUGCAGGCUGCAAGGGGCCACCGUUUUCAGCAAGCUCGACGCGCGCUCGGGUUUCUGGAUGUGUGAGAUCGAUGAUGCGAGCGCCGAUUUAUGUACCUUCGGGACGCCUUUCGGGCGUUACCAGUUCUUGCGCUUACCGUACGGAAUUAAUUGUGCACCGGAAGUUUUUCAUUCAAAAAUUCGACAGAUUCUAGAGGAUUUAGAAGGCGUUGACUCGUUCGUAGACGAUAUUGUCGUUUGGGGCGUAAAUAUCGAAGAACACGAUAGGCGCUUAAAGGCCCUUCUCGAUAGGGCCAGAGAAGUAGGUCAUACUUUCAGCGCUAGCGGCAUGCAAAUAGAUAAGAGUAAAUUAAGGGCUAUUACGGAUAUGCCACCACCUAAAGAUAGGCCGUCUUUGGAACGUUUUUUGGGCAUGGUUAAUUAUUUAUCGAAAUAUAUACCGAAUUAUUCCGAGGAAGUUUAUCCGUUGAGAUGUUUGUUAAAAAAGGAUAGCGUGUGGUGCUGGGACAGGGUACAGGAGGCGGCGGUGACGCGCGUCAAGCGGCUGCUGAGCGGCGCGCCCGUGUUGGCGUUGUACGAGACGCGCGCGCCAGUACUGGUGUCGGUGGAUGCGAGUGCGCGCGCGCUCGGCGCCGUACUGCUGCAGCGAGGUCGUCCCGUCGAGUUUGCCUCCAUGACGCUCAACGAUACGCAAUGUCGCUAUGCGCAGAUUGAAAAGGAAUUACUGGCUAUCGUUUUUGCGUUGGAGCGGUUCCAUCAAUAUGUUUUCGGUAGGUCGGACGUUACGGUGGAGACAGACCACAAACCAUUAGAAUCCUUGUUUAAGAAAUCUUUGGACUCGGUGCCGGCUCGCCUCCAACGCAUGAUGUUGAGGGCACAAGCUUAUGAUUUUAAAGUUGUAUACAAGCCCGGAAAGUAUAUGUAUAUUGCGGAUACACUGUCGAGAGCGCCGCUAGGAGAAAUAUUGUCGGAUAACAUUAGUAACGAAGUCGAGGAGCAGACCUGUUUUUUGUUAGAAAAUGUCAGAUUCAGUAGUGAAAAAACAAAACUUGUUAAGGAAUUUACAGCCAAAGAUGAAGAGUGUCAACUUUUAAUAUCGUAUAUAGGUAACGGUUGGCCAGACAAUAAAUACGAAGUCGAUGAACGUGUUCGCGCGCAGUGGUCCUACAGGGAAUUAUUUGAAUACGUCGAUGGCAUAAUUUUUAAGGACAAUCUUGUGUAUAUACCGCGCGGUCUGCGUAAGGAGAUGAUAGAUCGCGUUCACGACGGGCACAUGGGCAUAGACCGUUGCAAGCGGCACGCGCGCGAAGUCAUGUUCUGGCCGGGCAUGUCGCGCGAUGUCGAGCAGCGCGUGCGGCGCUGCGCAGCGUGUACAGAGCGCGCUCCGCGCCCCCCGCGUGAACCCCUCUUGUUUCAUCACAUACCUGAUAUACCCUGGGUCAAGGUAGGUUCAGAUAUUUUUCAAAUAGGAAAAAACUAUUAUCUUAUAUUAGUGGAUUACUUUUCGAAUUUUGUUGAGGUAGUUAUGUUAACGAAUAUUUGUAGCAGAUCAGUUAUCGGCGCUUUAAAGGAGCAAUUUGCUCGACACGGCAUUCCGGCCCAUCUGGUGACAGACAACGGGCCCGCUUACGCGUCGAAAGAGUUCGCAUCGUUUUGUAGGACGUGGGGUUUUGAUCAUAUCACGACGUCGCCCCAUUAUCCGCAGUCGAAUGGACGGAGUGAGAGAACUGUUAGAACCGUAAAAGAAAUGUUAAAGAAAUCGUAUUUGUCGGGCACUGAUUUUUAUCUAGGAUUAUUAAAUUUUCGAGCGACACCGCGUGACGGCAUCGCUUCACCUUCGGAAUACGACUGGCACUCCAGGGCGCUCCCGGAGCUGCAGGCCGGGCAGGAGGUGAUCAUCGCGGACGGAGUGAGUCGGCGCAGGCGCGGCCGUGUGCAGGCGCGCGCUGCGCAACCACGAUCUUACUUUGUUAGUGAUGCCGCGGGCAGGUGUUACAGACGUAAUAGGCGGCAUUUGAUUAAUAUUGGUCAGCAGGGCAGUGCCUAUGGCGCUACUGAACCCACUGAGAGCGGCUGCAUCCCGGGAACGUCUAGCGCAGACUCGGCAUUACAACGCGACCUAGGUCCUAUUAUGAUUUUUUUUCAUUCGGAGCGUCGGAUCCUGGUCCAGGGGAUCGGGCAAGACCUCUCCCUGCCAGCAGUAGUGGUGGCGGCACUGGCGGGGAAGUUGCAAUGGUCGGCUCUUGUGGCGUUUUACGAGGUUGUCAUGCUCCAAAAAGAAAACGUUGAGUGUGAGCGUGAGCGCGAACGAACCCCGCUCGGGGAUGUAAAAGGCGAGGCGUUUCUACUGGGCGCUUUGGUCUGUCAGCCCCGUAGUUCCAGGCAAAAAAAGGUCCUAUUAUGA